CUUCUGUGAAAAUCAGUGAUUCCGGGUUCAAAUGUGAAACUAAAACACGCGAGUUUUGUGUUUGUUGUCCGGGUUUAUUAUUUAACAUUAAAUACAAACAGUAAUAAUCAUGUUUGUGCCUGUGGGAGAGCGAGCGGUGUGUUUUAUAGGCUUUACGUUAAUUACGCCUGCAGUGUCAGUAGGGAACGUGGCCCAGCUGUCUGCAGAUCUGAUCAUCUCCACACUGGACAUGGUGAGACUUGGACAUUUCCACACAGACUGUCUGAUCCCUAUGGCAGGGAAUAAUCCCUACAGCAGAGGAGACGAGGACACGGCUGUGUUCAGCACUAACGCUGAAGUUUACUGCCGCUCCGAUCUCCAGUUGGCUGUGCUGCAGAUCCGGACCCCCGUUUUACCGACGAAGAUGAAGUCCUUCCGUAAGUUGUUGGUGUCCUGGAUUAAGGCGAGCGGAUUUUCCCGAACCGUGCUGCUGUCCAGCUGUCACGCUCACCACCGAGAUGACCAGCAGCUCCUCGGCUCUCCUCUGAGAUACCUGCUCACUCAGGCUCUGCGUGGAGACACGGAGGAGAUGCUGCAGAGGCUGGGAUGGAGGGAGAUGGAGAGAGUGAGCGCUUUCCCUGGAGUUCCUGAUUCAGACAGACAGCGUCUCUACAUCCCAGGAGGAGGCGUCACUAAAGCUCUCUAUAAUGACUGCUGCAGUGAGAACAUUUCCAUGGUGGUUCUGCUGCUGUUCUGCUCUGAGGGAGACAACGUCCCUGACGCCUUCACGCUCGUCAAUCACCUGAAUGACUGGCUCCACCUGCUGGACAAACCGGUUCAGGGUUCUGUUCUGUGGAGAACUCCGUCCUCCUGGAGACUGCUGUUUGGAAGCGGUGUUCCUCCGCUGAUCUUCUGAACUCCACCGAGACUCGAGUGUGAAAUGUCACCCAGGUCUGGACUGUGUGUGUGUUUCUGAGCGCACACACUGUGACGGUCACAAUAUUCAGAACCCCGCCGUACCUAAGAAGUGUUGUGACUGACCCUAGUCUGUAACGUCUGAUUCUCAUUAAACAUAAUGCCUUUGCUGAAA